AUGCAUUUUGUACAUUAUGAUCAUGCGGGUCCUGUGAACUUGCUGUUAACGGCUUCGAGAACUGGGGUUCAAGACAGCCUUUCAUACAAGGUGGCGUUACAUCUGGUUCAUGUACGUCAAGGUCUCACCCUGCAGGAAGCCGUUAGGAAACCAGAUGGCAUAGCGGUCGUCGGUGUUUUUCUCAUUAUUGGACAUGAUGGUACCUCAAUGGCCUCUGUUUCGCAUGUGCUUGGAUAG